AAAUUAAAACAGAUAUACUAAAAAUAUUAUUCUUUUCUUUAAACUCGGUGUAUUCGAAAAUAAACGAAGCUUGGCUUGUUUUACAUAUCUCGUCAUAUUCAAUAUGGCGGAUCGCUGGACGUUCAAUUAGUAACGAAAGCUCAGCUUGGAGAACAUUGUGCAUCAUAAAUUACAAGUUUGAAGGCAGUACAUAGAGCAUGGAUAUGGAUUACUCAAGUGAACUGCUAUAUGAAGAUUUGGUGGAGAACCCAACCUUCAAAGCAGCAUACAAUUUAGAACCACUUCAUCAAAAUCAGCGUCUGCGAUGGGACCACAAGGUACGCUUGAUUGGAGACAAGGUGUUUGAUCCCCAAAUUCACCUUUGUGAAAAGUGCCAGUAUCCCAUACUUGUUUAUGGAAGAAUGCUGCCUUGUAAGCACGUCUUCUGUCUUGACUGUGCCAAAAAGUAUGAGAAGAUAUGCCCUAGAUGUGACAGCCGUGUGACAAGAAUCGAACAGUCGGCUUUGGGAACAGUUUUUGUCUGCACACAUGGUGCGCCCAAGCACAGUGUCAACGGAUGCCGACGCACGUACUUAUCGAAACGGGACUUGCAGGCUCACAUCGCUCACCGACACUCUGCCAAACCUCCCACUUCGUCGUCCGCUUCCUCUGCUGCCGUGACCAGCGCAACAGAGGAGAGCAAGUCCGCCUCUCUGCACGUUCAUCCUUCCCACCAUCAACAGCAGGCCCAGCAGCAGCAACAACAACCGCAGCAGCAACAGCAACAACAACAGCAGCAACAGCAGCAACAACAGCAUCACAUCACUUCGACCAACACAUUUGAACGGCACGAGGGCAUGCGUGAACGGGACUCCAGGAGUGAGGUCUUGAGGUCAGGGGGUGCAGAGAGAGAGCGAGGAGGAGACCAAGUGGUUUAUCGCCCAAUUGAAGUUCCUCCUGCCAUGGCCCCCAGCCACCACCUUCCACCAAUGGGAGGAAGCCACCUGCAGCACCCUCCACCCCCAACGGCCAACAUUCGGCACCCUCCCCCCAACAUGCACGUGCACCCACCUGCAGGCUCUAUGCGGCACAUGCCGCCGAUGCAGCAACAGCCUCAGGCCUCCACCAAGGUGACGAUGGAGAGCUACCAGACUGCCCCUAUGCAGAGCAUGGGUGUAGGGAUGUCCAGCACUCAGGAGGAGGGACUAGUCGCACAAACCAGAACCUCAUCACCGUACCCAUCCAGGACGAGACCACUGACUCGUACCAUACUUCGCGCUCACGGCAGCCUGAGAUGGCAUCGUACCAGACCCUCGCCCCUCACUCCGUGGCGCCUGGGCACCCUCCGGUGACCGCACCGCCUUCCUUCUCAUCAGCCCCGCCCCCUCACAUGGGCAUGCCUCCACCUAAUCUCCCUCACCAGGCAUUCAACCCGGCCACCCUUGGGGGACUGCCACCCUUCAGUACUGCUGCGCUGCUGGCCGUGCAACAAGCCCUGACACAGCAUCAUGCAAUCGCUGCUCAUGCGUCGCAUCUGACGGGGGCAGCACCGCCACCUCAGCGGAUGAGUAUCCCCCCACCUGUUCGCAUCAGCCCCAGUCUCCUCCACGCCCCCCUCUCGUUUUCCCCACUCCAACCAGCAACCUUUCAAUGCUAGCGGCAGCCCCAUGCACUGGAGCAGUGCGCCCCCACGACAGGGGCAGCCACCUCCCCGCCAUCAGCCUCCCCCCGGACAAAGACCACCAAAUGACUCUGGUGGCUACAAACAUUUUUACUGAUGCUGUAGUAUUUUGUUGAUUGAAUUGACCUGUAAUGAGUUUUUCUUUUGGCUUUCAUUGUUUCCUCCCAAAACGUGACAACGGUCUCUGAGUUUCAGCUGAAGAUCUUGUUUUUUCAGACUAAGAAAAAUGCUUUAGGCUUGGUGUAUAAUGUUAUCGCCUUCUUAAAUUUCUUGUGUAAGCAAAGGAAAAAGAUAUUGAUGUUUUUCUUUCACGAUAUACUGUUAUGACACAAGCAGCCAUUUGUCACUUCCAGGCAACUUCAUGUUAACUUCACAAAGGAGGAAUUUAUUGUUGAUAUCAACAGACGUAUAUUUUAAAUUAGCAACAAGAGGCCCAAAACUUUAUGAGUGACUUAAUGACAUUUGUCCGCAUAACCAGAUUACUGACAGUAAUACAGUUUCGCAGCCCAAUGAAAACUGUUUUAGUUGUGACAAAGUUUCAAACUAAGGCUCACUUUCUAUUUUCACUUCGUUUUCAUUUUCUUUUAUAAAGUAAGCCAUGGAAAUAGCAUUCUGAGAUUAGAGAAAGAUCCAGAGUACGUAAGCUAUUAUGAGUGUUCAUUAUUUUAAGUCGUUCAAUAUUCCAUACUUCAGGUCUUGAAUGAGAUAAAUUUUGUCCUGAU